AUGGCUUCUCCGUUCAGAGCAGGGGGCUCGUUGUGGACAGAGGGCUCGUUCUCCUUGCCGUCGAUGUCCUCGCCCGUCCCGCACCUCCUCGCCUCGUCGUUGGCAGCUGACUCUGCCACACGCGCCUCGCCAUCGUCGGCUGUGCGGAACUCACGUCCGGCAGGUUCAUCGACUGACGACAUGAUGGCGGAGCUCACAGCUUUGCGGGAUGCUCACUUUUCGGCAAAGCUUGAGAUUCGCAUGCUGCAGGAUGCGCUCGCUGGCAGGCUGCCAUCCGAGGCUGCGGCCGUGACGUCGGAGAUGGUCGAGCUGCGGGUGGCCGUCGCCAGGCUGCAACGUGAGCUCGAGCAGAAGAACGAUCUGCUCUCCAAGUCUAAGACUGCCAUUGCCUCACUCAACGCCAACGCCGACGUUGCUGCCGCAAAGGUCAAGCUCGCCUCGGCGGCCGACAACCAGAUCGCGUCGCUCAACGUCACCGUAGGCGAGUUGAAGGACGUUGUCAAUGCUCAGGCUGCGCGCAUCGCCGCGUUUGAGGCUGCGGAAGCUGCUGCCGACAAUGAGACUGGUGCGCUCAACACCCGUGUCACCGAGCUCACCAUGCAGGUGGCCUAUCUCGAGGCCCAGGUUGCCGACGCACGCACCUCGGCUGACGCCGCCUCGGCAAACUUCUCCGCCGCCGCCGCCCAACUCGCCGGGGUGCAGGCCGAUCUGGAGCGUGCGGCCGGCGAACUCGACGAAGCCCGCCUCUCACUCGAGAUGACCAAGGCCGAGAACAGCCACCUGGUGCGCGAGCUCGACGCCGCGCGUGCUGUCAUUGACGAGCUCAACUCGCAGCUCGGCGACGUCGGCGCCCGCGACUCGUCACUCCUCUCCGCCACCAACUCCCUCCGCUCGGCGCUUCUUGCUGCCCAGGCCGAGUUUGCCACUGAGCUUGAGCGCGCCCGUGAAGAGUCGGCCACCGCCGCCGGCGCCGCCUCGCUCCGCAUUGCCGCCCUCGACGCCGAGCUGGAGGAGGCUAAGGCUUCCGCCGCUGCCACCGCUGCAGAGCUCGCAACGUCGACGCAGGCGCUGGACCAAGCCAACGCCCUCAUUGCCAAGCUCGAGCGUGAAAUCUCCACAAAGGUCGACGCGCUGGCGCAGGCCGAGGACUCGAUUGGUGACAUGGCGCAGGUUCACAACGCUACGCUCGCCGUGCUCCGCUCCGAAAUCAGUGCUCUCGCCGACGCUCAUGCCCAGGAGCUCGCCGACGAGCGCCGGACAGCCUCGUCUGCCGCCGCCGCCGCCGCCGCACGUCACGCCGAUGCCCUCCAUGCCCUAGAGGCUCGGCUCGGCGCAGAAGCUUCCGACACCGCCGACGAACUGGACGCCGAGUACUCAGCCCGGCUUGCUGAGCUUGCCGAGGCCAAGGAUGACCUUGAGGCAGAGUACAAGACCCACCUCGAGCAGCUUCGCGCCGAUGCCGUCCGCAUGACCACUCAGCAUGAGGCCCAAUGCCGCGAGCUGCAGUCCCAGCUCGACGAUGCACGCUCUGACUCGGUCACUGUUGCCGCCAGCGCAGCCGCCGACCUCGAGGCCCGCAACGACAUCCUUGGCAACGUCGCCGCCGCGCUCGGUGUGCUUGUCGGCUCAGCGCCAGCACCGACGCUUCGGUCCGCCCACGGCGCAGAGUCCAACCUGCCUAUUCUUCGUGAGCAGCUCUCCAACGACCUUGAUGCGCUCCGCGAGAUCCUGGACCACGGGCGAGAUAUCGAGGCCAAGGCUGCGCAGGUCGACGAGUACGCCACUGCGCUCGACCGCGCCCGCACGCACGCUGCCGAGCUCGAGACCCAGCUGGAGCGGACCCAGCACGCACUCGACACAGCAUCGCUUGAUCGCGAGGCCCUGCUCGCCGAGAACGCGUCGGCCAUCGAGACCAUCCACGCCCUCAACGUGUCUGCCGAGGCGCUCUCGUCCGAGAACGCUGACCUGCGCGCGACCGCUUCCGCCACUACUGUCCUGCAGGACCAGCUCAACAGUUCGUCGGCGGCACUGAUGGUGUCCAACACCUCGCGCCAUGAACUGGAGCUCAAGGUGCUCUCAGCCGAGGCGCUCGAGGCGCAGCUCGAAGCAACCAAGGAUGAGCUGGCAGCCGUGAGUGCCAAGCUCGAGGACGCCCGCAGUGCGCACGAGGCCCAGCGUGAGGAGGCCCUUGCGCUCAAGGAGGACAACGCGCUGCUCCGGGCUCAGGUUGGGAGCAUGGCAGCCGCCAACGAGGCGCUUGAGAACCGCGAGUCCGAGCUUGCCGCCGCCCUCCACACCACUCGCGGCGAGGUCGCCGCACGGGCGACGCUCGCCGACGAUCUCAGCCACGAGAACUCCCGCCUCCGCAAGGAGCUGGACGAGGCUGCCGCCACCAAAAUGGGGCUUGCCCGGGCCGAAACCAAGCUCGAGGCAACGUCCGCGAGCCUUGCCGAGGCCCGCGAAGAGAUCAUUAGCCUCAAGGCCGAGCUUGCCAACGCAGAGUUCAAGUUCCGCUCGCGGACCCAGAACGAGCUCAUCGAAGAGACUAAUCGGGCGCUUCAGGAGCGCAACCGUGCGCUAGCCUCCAAGCUCGACUCGGAGCACGGGCGGGCGGUGCACAUGGAGCGGAUGCGAACGGAUGUCGAGGAGCUACGAGUCAAGCUUGUCGAGGCCGAGUCACGAGCCUCUCUGUUCAAGGCCGAGCUUGACUCGGUCAAGGGCGCGCUCUCGGCGGUGCGGCAGGAAAAGUCGGCGCUGGCGGCGCGAGUUGACUCCACCAAUGACUCGACGCUGGAGCUGACCCGGAUCCGGGCUGAGCUUGCCCGCAAGGACGACCAGUUGGCCUCGCUCUCGACUGCCCGCAACAACCUCGAACGCGAGGUCUCGCGGCUGUCGGCGGUCGAGGCACAGAUCUCCUCGCUCCGUUCCAUGCUCGACGCCAAGGAUCGCGAGCUCGAGCGCCGCGACACUGUUCGAGUCGAUGCCUCUGAGACUCGCUCGCGGAUCCGCGAGCUUGAGUCUGCGCUCUCGCGCGCCAAGGACGACACUAUGGCGGUCGAGCGGCGGGCUCUCGAGGCAGAGUCGCGGGCGCGCGAGAUGGAAAGCCUUGUCCGUGAGGCCGAAAAGAGCCGCCGCGACUCGGAGGACCAGGUCCGCGACCUCCGCCGCCAGCUCGCGGACGCCGCCCGCCAUGCCGACCGCGCCUCGUCGUCGUCGGUGCAGCUGGAGCAAAAGUCGGCUGAGAUAUCGUCGCUGCAGCGUACUAUUCAGGAUCUGCAGCAUCAGGCCCGCAUGGCGGCGCAGUCACAGGCCAACGCGGCCGACCUCGCCGCCGCCACCCAUUCCAAGCAGAUGAGCGAGGCACAAGCUAGCUCGCGCCGCCAAGUCGACGAACUGCGGGCCAAGCUCGCCGCCGUCGAGGCACAACUGGCCACCGCUGCCGAGUCGGCCACGGCCGCGCUUGCCAGAGAUCAUGCUGAGCAGCUGGCGUCUGUCACCGCCAAGUUCCAGUCUCAACUCGCUGCCGCCCAGGAGCGCGAGGUCGAGGCCAAAGCUGCCGCCGCGGCUGCCGCGGCUACAGCCGACGAGCUCAAGACUGCUCUCACACAGCGCGAGGCGACCGUCCGCGAGCUGACACAAGUCAUGGCUGCAGUGAGUGUGCCGUCUCCUGGCGUGCCGUCGACACCACCGCCUACCGCUGGACCGCGUGUGACGCUCGACGCACUUGUCGGCGCUACAGCCGACGGCUCGCUCACGACGCAGUCGCGCGAGUACAUCCGGGCGUACCAGGCGAGUGUGGCCAGCGAGCUGACAGCAGCUCGCGACGCGCUGCGCGAGGCCGAGGCUGAGCUCGACGCUACCCGCAACGAGCUGGAUCGGACCCGUGGCGACGUCGACACCAUUGAGUCGGCGUACGCAGCCCUUGAGGCCUCGCAUCAUGCCACACUCAAUGAGAGCACUGCGGCAGCGGGUGAGCUGGAGUCGUCACGGGCGCGCAUCCAGGAGCUCGAGACGCAUGGCAGCAAGCUCGAGAGCCAGCUGACAGCCGAAGCCGAGGCGGUUGAGUCGCUACGCUCGGUUGUCGACGCGCAGCGCCGUGAGCUGGACAAGGCCCGGGCCGAGCUCCGCGAGUUUGCGCGCGAGAAGCAGGCCAUGGAAUCGGCCAUACUCAUGCAAGUCCACGAGACCUCACAGUUCCUCAAGCACACCAAGGACUCUCUCGAUGCACGGCCGCCGCCGGUGCCGCUCACGCCGUUCCUCGGCCCCGGCCCGCUUCAGUCGUCGAUGAUGGGCGGCAUGGCGUUUCCGGCCGGGCCGUCACCCAUGGUGGGCAUGCCACCGCCGCCGCCAGUGUUUGACCCCAACGACACGCUGCAUACCCUCUCGCAUGCGCUCUCGCAGAUCGACCGGGCCCGCGACCUGUCGAUGGACCAACUGGCGUCUGCUGACGCCGCACCGUCGGAGCAGCCCCCGCAGGUGCCGGUCGUGCCGGCGGUCAAUUUUGACUCGCUGCACGAGGCAACGCUUGCGCAGCUCCACCAGCUGGCCUCGAUGGGGACCGAGUAAAAG